ACUGGGAACAUUGAGAGAAAAAAACGUGCUCCGAGUGGGAAAAAAAACGAUUUGAACGGUCAUCCAAUACGGAAUUCCAACUUGGGAACUUCGGGCUUCUUUCUAUAUAUCCGACUUUCCGUCAUGAAGAUCACUGACGUCAUGAUUUGACCGAGUUCCCCGUUGUUUUGAACGCAGCAAUAGAUCCCUACGGCCUAUAAACAUGCUCAAUUUCUUGCACUUAUUUGAGGUCGUAUGUUUUACUGUGUGAACCAGCAGAGGGCGUAGUUCCCUUUCUCUAAAUAGCUUUUCCACCGCAUGAGGCUCUCGAACAGCUGCUGAUUCCAAGAUGACGGACCCUACAGCAUCGCCGGAGGAUCACUGGAACAAAAACGACGGGGCUUUCAGUGACAAUGGAUUUGACCCCAGUUUCUUUGCUGAGAAUGCAAGGAAGGGUACUGUGGUCUCCAGGGCUAACAGCAUUGGGUCCACAAGUGCCUCAUCAGUACCAAAUACAGAUGAUGAAGACAGUGACUACAGGCAUGAGACCACAUACAAGGAGUCCUACAAAGACCGGAGGAGACAGGCACACACACAGGCCGAGCAGAAACGACGGGAUGCUAUCAAGAAAGGUUAUGAUGAUCUCCAGUCCAUAGUGCCCACCUGCCAGCAGCAGUCUGAGUUUGCCGUGGGGACGCAGAAGAUCAGCAAGGCCACAGUGCUGCAGAAAACUAUCGACUACAUCCAGUUUCUGCACAAAGAGAAGAAGAAGCAGGAGGAGGACAUGUCUAUGCUGAGGAAGGAAGUGAUGGCACUGAAGAUCAUGAAAACGAACUAUGAGCACAUAGUGAAGGCCCACCAGAACAACCCUCAGCAGGGGGAGGAGCAGGUGUCAGACCAGGUCAAGUUCAGCGUGUUUCAGAGCAUCAUGGACUCCCUGUUCCAGUCCUUCAGCAGGUCUGUGUCUGUGGCCAGCUUCCAGGAGCUGUCCGCCUGCGUCUUCAGCUGGAUCGAGGAGCACUGCAAGCCUCAGACAUUGCGUGAGUUUGUGGUGGGAGUUCUCCGGCAGCUCAACAGCCAGCCGUAUUAAUGCAGCCAAGGCGUAAACUCAGGACAGGAAUCUCCCCUCGAGGAUGGAGCCGGGGCCUACCCUGGGUUCUCAGGGUCUGGUAGAGACCUCACAUAUCAGCCUAUUGUGUUCCCUCGUGGCCUGCAGUAUUUAAAUCGUUAACGCUUACUCAACUCACCACCAGUCUGCAGCAGGGUUGGGUGUUUCCUGUUUAGUCAGGUCAAAUCCAGCCCAGCAUUCUGUGGUUUUAGUCAUCAGGGGUUUCGUUGCAGAACAGAGUUGUGUUAAACAAGGCAAAUGGCCGCUUGCUUGUAAACGUUCCCUAAUGUUUACAUUCACCACAAAUCAGGGGUUGGAACCACAUUUUAUUUUUUCAUUGUUCCAUUCCAAACCUCUCUUUUUUUUGUUCCAGUGUUCAAACCAGCAUAAAGUUCUAAACCGGUUCGAAUCAAAUCCAAAACAGUCAUGAGUUAAAAUAUUCAAUUCAAACCAGUUGUGAUGGUAUUUGAGAAUUGUUAAAUGUUCAUCAUUGAUUGUGAUGUUAUGAUUGCUGUUGUGUCCAUGUUGUGACAGAAUCAAGCAUAUUUGUAAGUGUUACUGCAGCUUUUUGCCUUUUCAUCAUCUUUAUUGGCAAAAAGGCACGGUAGAAUAGUGAUUCAUGAAUAGUUCUGUAUUAAACAUUUUAAACAAUCUCUGAACCAAAAAACUCUGGCCAGGAUUCGAUCAGAUUAGCGGUAAACGCAUAGCUAAUCAUUGCUUUUGUUUAGGUGGUGUUGGAGGUGUAACUGCGUUUAAACAAAAAAAAAAUGUAUUUAACCUUAUUAAACUAGGCAAGUCAGUUAAGAGCUAAUUAUUAUUUACAAUGACGGCGUUAGAGCUGUCAAAUCCACCUGGCGUUAACUAUAGCUGGCAUUGCCAUUGGAUGCACCAAGGUGCAUUAGUAGAAAGCCCUUACAGCAGUGUUACAAAUUAUAACAGUGAAAUGUGUGAUAAAUCCCGACUUGGUUUAAUGAUUGUCAUUUCUAUAUAGCCUACACAUUCUUGUUCUGAACUUCUAAGGUGGGUGGGAUAUAAGGACGGGUGUGGUUUCAUGACAAUGACUACAAGAGUAGCCCCUUACCAAUUUGACAGGUUCAACAGUUACACCACCUAAACAAAAGCAAUGUGUUUGUCAGCUGAUGCAGGUUGCUGCAGAUCUGAUUGAAUCCUGGCCUUAAACAGUCAAGAAUGUUAAAAUGUUAUGUGAAUAAUUUGGUGAUUUAUUUUGACAAUGUGCUCAGGAGAACUUGUACCAAAUGUUUCAGGACCUUCUGGUAAACCUAACAGAUGUGAAUGUUUAAUCUGUGUAAUCACCAGACUUUAAAAAGGGAUAAUUUAAUACGACAAGUAUUUGUGCUGGUAUAAAUAAAUCAGGUCUACUGUUACAUAUUUUCUGCUGAUUUGGACAAGAAUUUGAUGGAAGUAUUUCGUAUGAAUGAUUUUUAAUUGCAAAAUAAACUUUAUAAAGUAUA